CUCUACAACUCUUUUCCCCCCACCUCGGUCUCUUCCGCUUCAUCUUCCCUCUCGCACCUACACCCUUCCUCUCAUUACCACCCCGCCCCCACCUCGCAGACAUCUUACUCGCUUCAUGCUACCAGCAACCAUGGUGCAGGGUCUGCUGUCAUGUCCGGCCGAAAUCACAGUCCAGAUCAUUUCCCUCUGCGAUGGACUCGCUGACAUGCUGGCUCUCGCUUCCACGUGCAGGCAGCUGCAUGUCCUGUGGAAGAAGGCCGCCCCGCCACUCAUCUGGUCGACAGGGCGGAGGGACAUUACUGCCUUCGAGGAGGCCUUGAUGGCGGUCCGCGCGACGAACCUCGUCAGACCCGCCUUUGAGGCUGGUGAGCUGCCGCCUCGCAUCACUUCCGUCGGCAAACUCACUGGCGCCUCGCGCAAGCCAGUCAUGCCGAGCUCAUCCAGGCUCUUCCUCGCUGGCGCAGUUCUUGCACAUGCCUACCAUGAGCCCUUUUUUCGAUCCCUUGAGCAGGGCGAGAGGUACUUUUCAGAGCCCUCGACUCGCGAGUCCCGGGAUCGGGACAAUGACUAUCUCGGCACCUUUGCUGUCUAUAAUCACGAGCUUCUGGGCGACAAGAACGCAGAAGCCUUUGGACCCCUUUCUAGCUGGCUCGUAGAGACUGCGAGGACAGAAGCGUCUGGUCGAGGUUUCAUCCCGUACUGGAAGAGGCCAGCCUACCUGGCAGAGAGAUCCGAGGAAGAGGAGGAGGAAGAGGACGACGAUGGCGAAGGACGUGACGGUCCCUUGACCGACCAGGACGUUUUCCCCCUCUGGGAGCUUAUGCGCAUGUGGACAGCUCAUGAGCUCUCACAGAUCCGACUCGACUGGGUCAGGGGCACCAAUCAUCAUUCGCCGCACUCGGAAUGGAUGAAGCAUCUGGAGCCCUCUCAGGUACGGAUGACCUCGGUCGUUCUAUUCGGCGCCUUUCAGCUUACCGAGUUGACCAUGCCUGCUCGAGUCAAGGACACAGAAUACACAGCACUCAUCGCGACCCCUGUGACUCCAUCGAACGCAGGAGAUCGCAGCACCAACCCCACGACCUCUGUGCACGUACUUGACGGUCCGCUGCAGCCGUACUCGUGGAAUGUGCAAGAACAACUGGCCUGGAUGCCCCUUCCCUCGGACCGUAGUGAGCAGGAUCCUGGCCCCGGGCUCGGUUGUACGACCUACUCGGCGAGACAGACCGAGGGAGGCACAAAGGACUACGUCUACAAUGUGCGCGACUAUGGCACCCUCCGACCGAAACUAGUGUACAACUGUAACCUUGUGCCUGCUCUUUGCAAGAAUGCCAGAAAUUAUCUGGGAGGCGGAACAACGUCACAGUUCCACUUCGACGCCUUCCGUGUGCAGAAAAAGCGCGACGCUGGUCGCAACGCAAAGAAGUCGCGUGUGGAUGCGCGUCGCGACGAGAGCUGCCCUACCAGCUGGAUCAAUAAUGGCAGGUGCCCUGAGGGUGAUCAGCCUGACUGGACCUGGAAGAGCGGUGGGCAGAUCAACCCAUUUGUGAAAGCACAGAUGCACGUCGAGGAUGGGGUUCAGCACAGAAACCGACUUGCCAAAGUGGAGGAAGUUCGAGUGGCCGAUACUAAUGAACCACUGGGUUACAGAGUCGAGACCCAGUCUACCCCCUACGGAGCCAUUCUGUCCUGUGAUGAGUUUCCAGCGGCAAGCUGGAUUGAAGGAGGCAACGGAGCCAGCACAUACUGUGCACCGAUCUCUGCGGGCUGCGCUGCCUCGGCGUCCACUGCAACAGAGCAGGACUGGCAAGGCGACGGCCACAACGCACUUGGCCGCUGGUUCACUGCCAUGGCACAGGGCAAAUUGACGCCCUUUUCGCCCAAGCCGGAUUACACGAUAUUCAAGUUUGACUAUCUGGCAGACACCACCCAGGGCGCCACGGUCGGCGAUGCUGUAUGGGUCGAGGUCCGCGGGAAGAAGCGCUACUGCUUUGGGCCGAAGCCAUCAACUGGAAGCGAUUGCCAGCCGACUUACCCCGAUGACCCGGCACCUGUGAACCCCUGA